AUGGUGAAGGCGGCUGCAACACCCAGCAAGUCGCCCGCUCCAGCCAAGAAGGCGUCCACGCCAGCUGCUCAAGCUCAAGCUGCAGCGUCCAGCACGCCCGGCCGUGGCCAUCGCCGCUCCCACUCCCAGUCGGACAUGGCUGCCUCGCCUACUGCGACUCUGACCCCCAACGCUGCUUCUGCUGCUGCUGCUUCUGCUGCUCGCAAGCGCAUUCGUAUUGAAUCCACUGAAACACCGACCAAGUCGACCAAGUCACCUCAGAACACGGCAAAGAACGCAGUGGCAAAGGCAUUGCCGAAACGCAUGGUUCAAGCCGACGAAAACGAAGACGACGACGAUGAAGAGGACGAUGACACUGAUCUCAUGGCACUGGCUGCUGACGACGACGACGACGACGACGACGAUGAAGCGGAAGCCGAUGAUGACAAUGACGAUGAUGAUGAUGGUGAUGCGCUCGACGAGGCCAGCACGGACAUGGACGUUUCCGAUGCCAAUCUUGAUGCAGACCUCACCGAUCCUCGCUUUGUUGCACGUCGCCGCGCACCUCUUCCCACCGCCGAUGAAAUGCGGCAACUACGCGAGUCCCAAAGCCUGUACAAAGGCAACCUUUUCCGCAUGCAGAUCGAAGAACUCCUCACCCAAGUCAAACUCAAUUACUCCAAGCACAAGACACUUGAGGCUGCUCUCUUGUCUCUCAAGCAGCAAAUCGAGUCGAUGCCGAGCGACAAGAGCGAGCGUGAGGUCUCUGCUGCCGAUUUUGCAAAGCUUGGUGUUGUUCCGCCGCUCUACGCGACCGCCGCUUCGUCCAUCAAGUUCCAGUUCCAGACUCCUUCUUCGUUUGCGCUCGUCGGCAGUUACAACCUUCGCGUCCUCACGAAGCCGAAUAUGACUGUUGACGUUGCUGUGGAGAUGCCUGCUGGCAUGUUCCAAGCAAAGGACAACAUCAACUAUCGCUACCACCACAAGCGCGCGCUCUUCCUUGCGCGUAUUGCCGCACGCUUGAAGGCCACCGCCGAAUUUGCUAACGUGCACUUUGCGCUUGCAUUCGACUCGGACCUUUCGCGCCCCAUUCUCUCCGUCCGACCGCAAUAUGCCGGCACCAACCAACAAUCCCAGUUCACCAUCCGCAUCUUCCCGGCUGUUUCGGCUGCCGUGUUCAAGCUCUCCAAGCUUACCCCCGAGCGAAACAACGCUCGAGCCUUCAAGAUCUUUGGAGACGACGCCACGGCAGGCGGCGCCGAUGCCGAUGAUGCCAACGCCGGCGUGCCGACCCCUCUUUACAACUCGACCAUCUUGAUGGACAUGAUGUUCUCCGCGCACCUCGCCGAGAUCCACGCCGUGCUCUCUCAAAGCACCAGCGGUGCACUCUCAAACGGUCUCGUGCUGUUCAAGGUCUGGCUCCGUGUCGCGCACCUCGACAAGCACUUUUCCGGUCUGCAAGCUGCCUUCCUGCUCUGUUACUUGUACAGCGGCAAGCGCGUGACCAAGUUCAUGACGGCCAUUCAAGUCUUCCGGGUGAUGCUUGAGUUUAUUGCUCAAACCGACUUGACCGAGACUCCUCUUGCCAUGCCUUCAAACGUCGAUUCCAAGCCCGAUCUAGCCCUGUUCCAACAAGUAUUCCCUAUCACGCUCGUGGACGCUUCCGGCUUCCUGAACGUGUUCUACUCGAUUUCUCGAAGCCAGUACGAUGAGAUUCGCCACCAGGCACGAAUUGCUGCUUCGUCGUUCGAUGCGGUUGGUUGCGACCCGUAUGAAAUUCUGUUCCAAGUGCGAGCACAGCCCGAGAUUAAGUUUGACCAUACGUUCGUCAUCCACCCGCUGCCCGGCGCUGCUGUUACGCUUGCGUCUUCAACCCGUGAGGUGGUGCAAGACGCCUUCCUGCAGGCAAACGGCAACUAUGCGCAGCACAUCGCCAAAACGCUUCAUAGCCUGCUUGUUCGCGGCCUGAGCGACCGCGUCCAGCUUGUGACUGUGACUCCAGUGUUGAUUUCCGCCGAUGCGACCCAGUCCGAUCUGCAGUCAACAGAGUGGGGCUGCAAUGAAGCUGGCCCGGCUGCCGUUCACCUCGGCGCUUGGGACAUGGCGCCAUUCGGAAGCCGCAAGCCCAGCAAGGCCAAUGCGUCGUCCUCGGCGUCGUCAUCCAAGGGACCGAGCUUUGCGCUGCGAGUAGGCAUUGUUGCCCACAGCGAGCAAUCGCUUCGUGUGGUGGAUAUGGGCCCGAGUGCCGACGACGCCGAGGCGGCCGGAGCCUUCCGUGCCCUGUGGCGCGAAAAGGCCGAGCUGCGCCGCUUCAAAGACGGCCGCGUCUGCGAAGCCGUCGUCUGGCAAAGCUAUCCCGUGUCGCAGCGUCACUUGCUAGUCCGCGAUAUUGUUCUGCAUCUCGCGGCGGUGCAUCUUUCACUCCAAGGCCCGCAGACAUCCGCGCCCAAC